CUCUGGUUAUCUUUGGCUUAAUUAAAACAGUCGCAGGUUUCAUAAGGAGUUAUAAAUCUUCUUUGUUGUGCAGCUGACGGAAAACUUUUGUCUUGUGUCUUCAAAAUAGCGCACUCUGUCAGCUCUCCAGCAGAUUUUCAGAGGGGGGAAAGAAGGAAAAGGAUAAAAGAAGAGAAAUGACUAUGCAAGGGUUUCGAAACCAGGAGUGCCGGGUCAGGAGCGAGCCUAUAGAGCGCCCAUCUUUCUAGAGGAUAAUUAAUGCAUGCCAAACUGGAGGGCUGAUCCUGCCACCGGACUGUUCCAAACAGGACUGUGAAGGAAGCUGUCUCUGCUUCACUGUUGCUUGCAUUCUGUCGUGUGUGAAGAAGACACUUGAACAGCCCGUGCUGCCUAUCAGAUCUCCUGUGGCCAAAAGGUGAUGGUGUCAUCCUGAUUUCUUCUUCUUGUGACCCGGGAGUCCUUAAAUCCCAAACUAUAUAGCUUUGGAAAACCCUGGAAAUACCUGGAAUUCUAGGAGUACGUCACCAAAACUUCUUAAGGUGCCCAGGCACCAGAUCAUUAGCUUUACAUUCUCCUUUAUUAUUAUUUUUUGCGUGUGUAUACAAAGACAAAGACGCAAGUCUGAACAUUAGCAAUAGCCGCUGGCCAUCCACUAUUGCUUCAACGAACCUGCUGUGACCAAGAGGGCGUGACCUUUCUGCCUGCUGACUUCAAACAGACACUUGAAAAGAAAACGCAGUCAGAGAGGCUUCCGCGUGGUGGCAACACAGACCAAAAACCCCAUCAGGCCUGGAUGCGAUGAACGCCUCAUGUAGGCAUCAGCAUGGACAGCUGUGAGUCUCCUGUGGUUUCUGGGACAGACGAUGGGCUCUGCUCCUCCCAGCAACAGCAACCACCACAGCCCUGGAACGAUCACUCUAGCUCACAGGUCCCUUGCACCAACCAGGCCCCUUCCCUGGACCCCCUAUCUCUCUCUGCUCCCUACCCUUCUCAACCCCAAAACCCCAGUGCACCUCAUGACGGGGUGAGAGAACUACAGUCCCAGCAGCAGCAGCCAAAACAGACAUCACCGCAGGCCCACCGUGACAGCUCUGCCACAGGCCAGCUGCAUCCUAGAAGAGAGGGUCUAGAGGAAGAAGAGCAAGAAGGAGUGAGCUGUGGAGAAGAGGAAGAAUCUGAGGACUUAGAUGAAAUGGAGAUUGACAGCUGUUUCCCAAGUCUUCAACCCUUUCCUGGGGUGCCGAUGGCUUCAGGAGGAGGGGGCAUGCCCACUCUCCUGCGACAUCAGCCCACACGACAGCAGGGGGCACCUGAGAGUGGGAGUGAGGAAGGAGAAGAGGAGGAGGAAGAGGAGAGCAGUGAUGUGGAGAACUUGGCUGGAGAGAUAGUUUACCAGCCAGAUGGCUCAGCCUACAUCGUAGAGAGCCUCAGUCAGUUGAUCCAAAGUGGUGGGAGCAUGGUACCCGGCCUGCUGCCCACAAACUCUCUCACCAGUGGGGGAAAACCGGGGGAACCUGCUGGGAGUUCAUCCUCGGUCUACCCUCAGAUCAUCAACACGUUCCACAUAGCCUCCUCCUUCGGGAAGUGGUUUGGCAAUUCAGACCAAGGUUUCCCCAAUACCUCAACCAUGGCAGGCCUCAGCCCUGUCCUGCACAGUUUCCGUGUCUUCGAUGUGCGGCACAAAAGCAACAAGGAUUACCUGAACAGCGAUGGGUCUGCCAAGAAGUCCUGUGUAUCCAAAGAUGUUCCCAACAACGUGGAUUUCUCCAAAUUUGAUGGGCUAGCCCUAUAUGGCAAGGGUAAGCCCAUUUUCAUGUGUUUUCUCUGCAAGCUGUCCUUUGGCUAUGCGCGUUCCUUUGCCACUCAUGCCGUCCAUGAUCACCGCAUGACACUGUGUGAGGACGAGCGGCAGCUGCUAGGGGACAAGCAUGUAUCUGCCAUCAUCCAGGGCAUUGGGAAGGACAAAGAGCCCCUCAUCAGUUUCCUGGAACCAAAAACUAAGAGCACUCCUCUGCCACCUACUCUGCUCCCCAUUAACUCUGGCCAGAGCUUCUAUGGCACAUUUAGUGGAGUCCAUCUGGAGCCUGGAAGCAGCAGUGGGGGCAGCAAGACCCUCCUGAACAAAGACUCUGAAUCUGGCCUCCAGCAACAGCAGCAGCAACAAAACCUUAGCUCAGCUCUCUCUCUUGGAGGGCUGAGCAUUCCCAAAGCAUCCACUCUUACCUCAUCCCCAGGCUCUGCCAAAGACUCCAGUGCCCUGCCCAAACAGGGAGGGAGAACAGAGGAGCCUGCUGGGAAAGAGUUGGCAUGCAAGGGCGAGGAUGGGGACACUGAUGGACAUGAAAGCAAAGCGCACCUAUCGAGCCAGAUGGGGGGCUCGGAAGAAGAAGAGGAAUUGUUAUUAGGGGAGGAGGAAGAUGAGGUGGAGGCAGAAAGCACUGCAGUGGCUUGUGGUGGUAACAGUAGCAGCGGCAGGGGUGAAGCGGGGGAACCAGCUGUCUCAAACCAAAGCAUUUCCAAAUCUCCUUUAUUAAUGCCUAGUAGCGCUCUCCAGCCUUCUGCCUGCACCUCUGCAGUCAGUUCCACACUCAACAGCAAAGCCCCUGCUUCCACUUCCUCUUCUGUCAAGAAAGAGGGUUCAGCUUCAGAUGGUGGGGGUAGGACCUCAGAGCUCCCUCUGAGCUUUAACUGCCAGGGGCCCACAGUUCCCAUGGCAAUGGCGGCAGCUGCCGUCAGAAGGAGCGAGGAUGACACUGCUGGCACGUCCUCCUCACCUCUGUCCUCCAAUGCUGCUGCUGAUGAAAGUGCCAAUCGAGAUAGUGCCACAGCUCCAGAACCAAAUGAUUUCCCAGCAGAGGGAGAGGAGGAAAAUGGAGCCCUUCUGCACCAUCACCACAUGCACCACCUACAUCAUCACCUCCACCCUUCAUCUCAUGGCCACUCCCACCCCCUACCAGGGGGCUCCUGUGAUAUGACAGGGAUGGGUGAGUGCUCACAGAACCAUGGGCCUGGUGGCAGUGGAGGAAGUGGGGUAGAAUGCCCUAAAUGUGACACCGUUCUGGGUUCCUCACGCUCCUUGGGUGGUCACAUGACCAUGAUGCAUUCACGCAACUCAUGCAAGACACUCAAGUGUCCCAAAUGCAACUGGCAUUACAAGUACCAGCAGACGUUGGAGGCCCACAUGAAAGAGAAGCACCCAGAUUCUGGAGGCUCCUGUAUGUACUGCAGCAGUGGUCAGAGCCACCCUCGUCUGGCUCGUGGAGAAAGCUAUACCUGUGGUUACAAGCCCUUCCGGUGUGAGGUGUGUAACUACUCCACCACCACAAAGGGCAACCUAAGCAUCCACAUGCAGUCGGACAAGCACCUGAACAACAUGCAGACACUGCAAAAUGGAGGCUCUAUUGCCUCUGCGCAGGAGCAGGUGUUUGGACAUACCGCAGGAGGAGUGGUGGCUGUCCCCUCAGUAACCCAGGCCAGUAGCCAUCACCCUCCCCACCACCAUCCUACACAGUCCUCCACCCAUAUGGCUGGACCGUGUGGGGCCCCCUCCCCGACCAAGCCGAAAAGCAAACCUACUUGGCGGUGCGAGGUGUGUGACUACGAGACCAAUGUGGCACGGAACCUGCGUAUCCACAUGACCAGCGAGAAGCACAUGCACAACAUGAUGCUUCUCCAGCAGAAUGUGACUCAGAUGCAGCAUGGCCGACUUGGCUUGGGAGCAAUGCCUUCACCAUCUGAGGCUGAGCUCUACCAGUAUUACCUGACCCAGAACAUGAGCCUUCCACCAGGCCUCAAGAUAGACCCAGCUGGGGCUGAGGCCCAGUUCUUGAUGGGGAGCUUUCACCUGGAUCCCAAUAUGGCCGCCCUGGCACCUACGCUCGUAGGUGGGGAGAUCCCUAUGGACGUGCGGCUGGGCGGUGGGCAGUUGGUGUCCGAAGAACUGAUGACCCUGGGAGAAAGUCUAUCACAAACCAGCGAUCCCUCCCUCAAGCUCUUUCAGUGCGCUGUGUGCAACCGCUUCACCACUGACAACCUGGAUGUGCUUGGCAUGCAUAUGGGAGCUGAACGCAGCCUACCGGAGGAGGAGUGGCGUGCUGUGGUGGGCGACUCUCACCAGUGCAAGUUGUGCCACUACACCACUCAGCUCAAGGCCAACUUCCAGCUGCACUGCAAGACAGACAAGCAUGUGCAAAAGUACCAGCUUGUGGCCCACAUCAAAGAAGGGGGCAAAGGCAAUGAAUGGCGUCUUAAAUGUGUGGCCAUAGGCAAUCCAGUGCACCUGAAGUGCAAUGCCUGCGACUACUACACUAACAGCCUGGAGAAGCUGCGGAUGCACACUGUCAAUUCCCGCCAUGAGGCUAGCCUCAAACUCUACAAGCACCUGCAGCAGCACGAAAACGCGGUGGAGGGUGAUGCCUGCUACUACCAUUGUGUGCUGUGUAACUACUCGACCAAGGCCAAGCUCAACCUGAUCCAGCAUGUGCGUUCCAUGAAGCACCAGCGCAGUGAGAGCCUCAGGAAGCUUCAGCGCUUACAGAAGGGCCUGCCGGAGGAAGAGGAGGACCUCAGCUCCAUCUUCACCAUUCGCAAAUGCCCUUCUUCAGAUACAGGAGAGCUGAGUGAGGAUGUGGAGGCUGCUAGUGAGACCACCACAGACCAGGAGGACCAAACCAAAGACAGAGAAAGUGGGGGGGAGAAGGAGCUCACCAAAGGGACAGUGUCUGGCCACUUGGAACGGCACCAGUCAGAUUCCCCAGUCCCCUCUAAAAGGCCCUCUUCGCGGUCAGAGACCUCAGAGAGCCCGCUCUCCUCAAAGCGUCCCAGGACAGCUGAGAAGAGUGCUGCGGAGCAGAUGUACCAGUGCCCCUACUGCAAGUUCACCAACACGGACCUGAACCGUCUCAGAAUGCACGUCAUGACGCAGCACUCUGUCCAGCCAAUGUUACGCUGCCCAUUAUGCCAGGACAUGCUCAACAACAAGAUCCACCUGCAGUUCCACCUCACACACCUCCACAGUGUGGCUCCUGAUUGUGUUGAUAAGCUUAUUGCCACAGUAACAGCAAGUGAAGUACUGCCAGCAAGCAUGUUCAUACCUGUACCUAGUCCAGACAGAGAGUCCCAGAGCACCCCUCAUGCCCCAGCCAAAUCGAACUCUGAAGAAACAAAGAAGCAGACUGAAUCAUCAGAGGCUGAUCCAGAGAAGGGGGUGUCCCUUCCUACAGAAAUAGCUGAAGCUCGCAAGUCACCUCUGGAAGACCAACAAUCAGAAAGGGAUGACGCCACAGGGUUCCUGUGCUGGAAGAAAGGCUGUAAUCAAGUGUUCAAAUCCUCCAACUCCCUCCAGAUGCACUUCAAUGAAGUUCAUAACAAAAGGCCCCAGUUGCCUGUUUCAGAUCGCCAUGUCUACAAGUACCGCUGUAACCAGUGUAGCCUGGCCUUCAAGACUGUAGAGAAACUUCAGCUCCAUUCACAGUACCAUGUGAUCAGGGCAGCCACCAUGUGCUGCCUCUGCCAGCGAAGCUUCAGAACACUACAGGCCUUGAAGAAACAUUUAGAAACCAGCCACUUGGAGCUGAGUGAAGCUGAUAUCCAACAGCUUUAUGGGGGCUUAUUGAUGAAUGGUGACAUUAUGGUAAUGGCUGACCCAUCCCUUGGUGAGGAGCCUGGAAGUCUUGGAGAAGAUGACAAAGAGGGAGAUGAAAGUGACCCAGAGGAAAAACAAAGCCCAACGGGCAGUGACUCUGGAUCACUGCAGGAAGAUUCUGGAUCUGAACCUAAACGUGCUUUGCCAUUCAGAAAGGGGCCCAACUUUACUAUGGAGAAGUUCUUGGAUCCAUCUCGUCCUUUCAAGUGCACUGUAUGCAAAGAGUCUUUUACACAGAAGAACAUUCUUCUGGUUCACUAUAACUCUGUCUCCCACCUGCACAAGGUGAAGAGGGCUCUCCAGGAGUCCACUACUGGUCAGCCUGAGCCUACCAGCAGCCCCGACAACAAGCCAUUCAAGUGCAGCACUUGUAACGUGGCAUAUAGCCAAAGUUCUACUCUGGAGAUCCACAUGCGCUCUGUUCUACACCAGACCAAAGCUAGGGCAGCCAAGCUUGAAGCAGCAGGAGGGAUCACUAGCUCUGCAAGUGCUACUGGUUUAAGUGGUGGGGGGUCCAGUAUCAGCACUUCAACAUCUAGUCCAAGCCCAGCCAGCAACUCAACUACUAGCUCUACCAACCACAGUUCAUCUGGGUCUCAAACAGCUCAGAGUGUUCUGGGAGGAAACCACACGAGCCAGACUCAUAGCAUUGAAAGUAUAGGAAAUUCUUCAGUGAGCUGCCAUUCCUCACCAUCUGAGAACCACGAAGGAAAAAAGUCCAAAUUUUCAGACAUGCUAUCUGCUAGGGGUCAGCAACAACAGCAACAGCAACAGCAACAGCAACAGCAACAGCAACAGCUCCAGCAACAGCAGCAAUUGGCCCAAGCUCAAGCCCAAGCUCAAGCCCAGCUUCAGCAAGAGCUCCAGCAGCAGGCUGCUCUUUUACAAUCACAGCUAUUUAACCCAGCACUUCUGCAGCACUUCCCAAUGACAACUGACGCACUUCUCCCCCUGCAGCAGCAGCAGUUGCUAUUCCCUUUCUACAUCCCUGGAGCAGAGUUUCAGCUGAACCCAGAGAUCAGCCUUGGUAACUCCCUUGGCCUAGCAGGAUCCUCCACCUCCUCACUGUUGGAAGAGCUAAAAAACUCAGCCCAGCAGGCCCAGCAGAGUUGCUUGCAGCAGCAACUGAUGCACCACCACCUUCAGCAACAACAUCAACAACAACAGCAGCAGCAGCAACAGCAGCAGCAGCAACAACAACACCAACAACAGCAACAACAGCAGCAGCAGCAGCAGGCUCAGGGGCAGAUGGCAUUGCUGCAGCAGAGUGCAUCUCUCCUCCAGCAUGCUGAAAAAAAGCAGAGACAUUCCUCCUCUCAGAAUGAGAAAGACAGAGAAAUACAAAGAGAGAAGGACACAAAUGAAAAAAAUGAGGAAUAUGUUAACAAAGAUUCGAUGGAAAGCAAGUCAAAAGAAAAGAAGGACAUCCAGCAUAUUUCAAUAAACAUAAACCACGAUAGUAGCCUGCCUCCACCAAGGAUUGCUUCAGAUGCUCGAGGAAAUGCAACUAAAGCCCUGCUGGAAAAUUUUGGGUUUGAGUUAGUAAUUCAGUACAAUGAAAAUAAACAGAAAGCUCAGAAAAAGACAGCUGGACCUACGGGAUCAAGUGGUCCAGGUGGGAUAACAAGAGUGGUGGACCCCAUUGAGGGAUUAGAGAAACUGGAAUGUGAAGCCUGUGGCAAGCUGUUUUCAAACAUACUGAUUCUAAAGAGUCACCAGGAGCAUAUCCACCAGGCUUUCUUUCCAUUUCGAUCCCUUGAGAGAUUUGCCAAGGAAUACAGAGAGCAUUAUGAUAAACUCUAUCCACUGAGACCCCCUACACCAGAGGCUGCUCCGGCUCCUCCACCACCUCCUCCUCCACCUCCACCUCCUCCACCACCCCAAAGAGCUCCCACACCAAAUAUUCCCGUCUCUGCUGCCUCGCUCACACCUCCAACCGUACCUACACCACAGCCUCAAGUUUCAAUGGCGCAGAUUCCCAUGCCAAUGGAUUUGCCCCUCUUCUCGCCACUGAUGAUGCAGCCCAUGUCUCUCCAGUCCUUGCCCACUCAGUUGACUCCCCAGUUACCUUCUGUUGAGCCAAGCCUGGCCUCAGAUCUGGCCCAGCUCUAUCAACAACAGCUCACACCAGCCAUGCUACAGCAGCAGCAGAACAAGAGGCCACGGACACGCAUCACAGAUGACCAGCUUAGGGUCCUGCGACAGUACUUUGAUAUCAACAAUUCACCAAAUGAGGAGCAGAUUAAAGAGAUGGCAGACAAGUCAGGGCUGCCACAAAAAGUCAUAAAGCACUGGUUCAGAAACACCCUUUUUAAAGAGCGGCAGCGUAACAAAGACUCACCAUACAAUUUUAAUAAUCCACCAACAACAACUCUUGAAGAAACAAAGAUUGACUCUAAACCUCCUUCCCCUGAACCCCAGAAACAUGAAUUAUAUGGAAGUAAGAGAUCAUCCAGGACUAGGUUUACUGACUACCAGCUAAGAGUGCUACAAGACUUCUUUGAUGCCAAUGCGUAUCCUAAAGAUGACGAAUUCGAACAGCUCUCCAACCUUCUGAGCCUCCCCACACGUGUUAUUGUUGUGUGGUUCCAAAAUGCACGCCAGAAGGCAAGGAAGAAUUAUGAAAACCAGGGUGAGGGCGCAAAAGAAGGUGAAAGACGAGAAUUGUCAAAUGACCGCUAUAUUCGCACUUCAAAUCUGAACUACCAGUGCAAGAAAUGCAGUCUGGUUUUCCAGCGUAUAUUUGAUCUAAUAAAACACCAAAAGAAGCUGUGUUACAAAGAUGAAGAUGAGGAUGGACAGUAUGACAGCCAAAAUGAGGAUUCACUGGAUCUUUCCAAUGAAUGUUAUACUCCCUCUGGAUCUUCCUGUCACACCCCAAUGCCCUCCUCUUCAAGUCUCUGCCCACUUCCACCCUCCACUUCAGCAUUCUCACACCUCCCAUCCACUGAGAAAGAGGAGGCAUCACCAGCAACCACCUCAAACCCCUAUGAUGAGAAACCCAAGCAGUUACCAGACAUUUCUGCUGAUCCACGAGAAAACCUAACCUCUAUUAAGCAGGAAGUUGUGCAUCAACCCCAGUCUGAGGCACAGCACCAUAGACCUCAAAGAGAAGAGAAGAUUCAGACUAUUUCCAAGUCCAUUAAACAUUCAUCUCCUCCUUUCUCUCAGCAACAACAGCAGUGUGGUCCCUCAGCCUCUCAGACAAGCCAGGCCUCAUCACAAAGCUCUCACAUGAGCCUCAAUGCACACCUGACCUCUGCCACACAACAACUGGCACAACAGAUGAUCCCAUAUCAGUGUGAGCAGUGUAAGAUCGGCUUCCCUUCCUUUGAGCACUGGCAGGAACACCAGCAAUUACACUUCCUUUCUGUGCAAAAUCAAUUCAUUCACCCUCAAUUCCUCGACCGUCCAAUUGACAUGCCUUUCAUGCUAUUUGAUCCCAGCAAUCCCCUCCUGGCAAGUCAGUUACUCUCUUCGGCAAUGCCACAGAUUCCCAGCAGCUCUGCCACCUCUCCGUCCACCCCCACCUCCACCAUGAACUCCCUGAAGAGGAAGUUAGAGGAGAAAGCUGGCACUAGCCCAGGUGAGAAUGACAGCACAAAUAGUGGAGAAGAGCCACAGAGAGACAAGCGGCUCAGAACCACCAUCACACCUGAGCAGCUAGAGAUCCUUUAUCAGAAGUAUUUAUUAGAUUCAAAUCCUACACGUAAAAUGCUUGAUCACAUUGCUCAUGAGGUGGGAUUAAAGAAGAGAGUAGUGCAAGUCUGGUUCCAAAAUACCAGAGCUAGAGAGAGAAAAGGCCAAUUUAGAGCAGUAGGCCCAGCUCAGGCUCAUCGUAGGUGCCCUUUUUGUCGUGCUCUUUUUAAGGCAAAAACUGCGCUUGAGGCACACAUUCGCUCUCGUCACUGGCAUGAAGCCAAACGUGCUGGAUAUAAUUUAGCUCUCGCUGGUAUGUUACCUGAACAGGAGGGUAUGCAAAUAAAAAUGGAUGCUCUAGACACAGCGAGUUACUCCCAAAUGGCCCCAUCGAACAGUGACGGACAAAGCUCCUCUAUGUCCCCAGUGAACAAAAACAUGGAUUUGUCUCCCAGGGCUCUACUGAGCCCUUCAUCCAUUAAAGUUGAGGGAAUGGAAGAUUUUGAGAGUGCCAUGGCAAGCAUGUCUUCUGUAAACCUCAGCUUUGAUCAGAGCAAACUGGAUAAUGAUGACUGCUCUUCUGUGAAUACUGCCAUCACAGACACAACCACAGGUGAUGAGGCCAACGCUGAUAAUGACAGUGCUGAUGCUAAGCACAGCCAAAAUAGUGGUGAUUACCUGUCUAAGUCCGGGGGCUCAGUCCCCAUCCUUGAAAAUGAUGACCAGAUGUCCUCAGGGCUGGUAAGCCCUGCAACAAGCUAUUAUGCUAAGGACUAUGAAAAUGAACAUAUGAUUGACCACAGUGAGACAUCCAGCCUUGCUGACCCCUGCUCACCAAGUCCUGGAGCCUCAGGUACCAGGAGCAUUGACAGUGGUGAUCGGCCUGGCCAAAAGCGCUUCCGAACCCAGAUGACUAACCUCCAGCUGAAAGUGUUGAAAUCCUGUUUUAAUGACUACAGGACUCCUACUAUGCUGGAAUGUGAGGUACUUGGCAAUGAUAUUGGACUUCCAAAGAGAGUGGUUCAGGUGUGGUUUCAAAAUGCCCGUGCCAAGGAGAAAAAGGCAAAGCUCAACAUGGCCAAGCACUUCGGAAUAAAUCAGACAUCCUACGAGGGGCCGAAGACUGAAUGCACUUUGUGUGGUGUCAAGUACAGUGCUCGCCUUUCUGUUCGUGAUCACAUUUUCUCCCAGCAACACAUCUCAAAGGUGAAGGAUACCAUUGGCAGCCAGAUAGAUAAGGAAAAAGAAUACUUUGACCCAGCCACUGUCCGCCAACUUAUGGCCCAGCAAGAGAUGGACCGCAUUAAGAAGGCCAAUGAAGUUUUAGGACUGGCACAGCAGCAGGCCAUGCAGCAGCAGGGGAUGUUUGAUAACCCUGCAAUGCAGGCUCUGAAUCUCCAGUCAGCCUAUUCAAAUCUACAAGGCAUCCCACCUGUCCUUUUGCCAGGGGUUGGCAGCCCCUCUCUCUCCAGCUUUAACUCAUCUAAUUCAGCUUUAACUCCUCCAAAACCUUCAAACCUCCUGAACAUGCCUGGUGCCAGUGUUCCCUCACCUAGCCUCCCCACAUCUGGAUUGCCCAACAAGCCUCCCUCCUCAUCGUCUCUUGCUGCAUCCAGCCCAGCCCAGACCAACACAUCUGCUUCCCACUCAAGUCCCACCUCUACAUCCACCUCCACUUCCUCAACCACCCAGUCCAGCUCUCGACCUGAGCCCCCCAAAGAACGUGAUGCUGAGAGGGUAAGAGAGAAGGAGAAGCCCAAGGAAAAGACAGAGAAGCCCCCAACCCCGUCGUCAACUGGAAGCACCCCUGCCCCUUCCACUUCUGCUGCCAGUGCCAAGAAAGAGAAACCAGACACAGCUGUGCCGGCCACCUCUAUGCCUACACCUGGCAUGGAGUACGUGGUAGACCCUGCUCAACUUCAGGCCCUGCAGGCUGCAUUGGCAUCUGACCCCACAGCUCUCCUCACAAACCAGUUCCUGCCCUACUUCAUGCCUGGCUUUUCCCCAUAUUACACCCCACAGAUCCCUGGAGCUCUACAAGGGGGCUACCUGCAACCAAUGUAUGGUAUGGAAAGUCUCUUCCCUUACAACCCAGCAUUGUCACAAGCACUGAUGGGCCUGUCUCCAGGGUCCCUGCUGCAGCAUUACCAGCAAUAUCAGCAGAGCUUGCAGGAGGCACUACAGCAGCAGCAGCGGCAGCUUCAACAGAUCCAGCAACCCAAGGCGAGCCAAACUCCAGUUCCCCCACAAACCUUGGGGGAUCGCAAAGAAUCUGCCAAAGAUCCAGUGAAAACAGAGGAGCAAAAGGGCAACCCCCAUAGUGAACACCCCACUUCCUCCUCAUCCUCUUCCUCCUCCUCUCAUAAUAAAGUACCCUCUGAGCAGAACGAGAUGGAUGGCAAAGCUGUGGACCCCCAUCUAGACCAGUACAUCGUCCCCAAGGUGCAGUAUAAACUGGCAUGCCGCAAGUGUCAAGCAGUUUUCACCAAGGAAGAAGCGGCUAUUACCCACCUUAAAUCUAACUGUUUUUUCGGUCAGUCUGAGGCAAACCUGCAAGAGAUGUUGCUGCGUGUCCCCAGUGGCGUAGGCGCAGGGGCUGGAAGUCUCUAUGACUGCCUGGCUUGUGACACUACGUUGGAUGGGGAGAAAGCACUCAGUCAACACCUGGAAUCGGCAUUGCACAAACACAGAACAAUCAAGCGAUCAGCCAGAAAUGCCAAAGAGCACGCUACUAGUUUAUUACCUCACUCUUCAGCCUGCUUCCCCAAUCCUAACACCGCAUCUACCUCGCAGUCUGCCACUCAUCCCAUCAGCAGCCCCCCUACCCCGCCAACAACAUCAGCCACCAUGCCAUCUUCUGCUGUCUCCUCUUCCCUGUGCUCCUCCUCUACUACCCCACUCAACACCACAGCUGCCGGCAAACCAUGGCCCCAGGCCCCUUUCUCCAGAGCUUUAGCUGGGAAGCCCAAUGCCAGUCCCUCCUCUUCUUCCUCCUCUUUUCCUCCAAUGUCCUCACCUUCAACGGUUACCUCAAGUUCAUUGAGCACCUCAGGAGUUCAGACCUCGAUACCAACAGACGUCUUUACCGACGAGUCUGACUCUGACAGCAGUCAGAAGUCAGCAGACAGGCUGGGCAGGACGGCGGAGGAGCCGCAGCAGCCUGGCUUUGUCAAAGACAGUAGUAGUUGUAGUAGUAAUCUUGCUAGUGUAGGAACAGACUCCAUCAGAUUGUAAAAGAGCUUUCAGUGAUGGACAAUAUUUAAAAAACACAAAAAAAGACAAAAAAAAACACAAAUGGAAAAAACAUAAAAAGCAGCAAUGUUAAAAAUACAUUAAAAGUAUACAAACCAAUUUCAGAAAAAGAUGUGUAAAGACUAACUGCAAUUCCAAAGCUUGUAACCAAAAAUUUAAAUGUUAGUGGAUUGUUUUCCCAUAUCAACAUGCUGGUUUUGGUUUUGUUUUGUUUUUUUGUUUUUGUUUUACUCAACUGAAAUACAUGCAUACUAAUAUAUGAGAAUAGAAAAGAUCGCUGCAGUUAUGUUUUGGGUAUUGGUAGAGGAAUGCUGUACUGUAUGGCAAUGGACUGCCUCAAAGUUGACAAAUGGCCCAAGAACCCUUUUGAAGAAAUCCGCGUCAACAAGCUGUCCCUUUGUUUUGUAAUAAUUUCUACUUAAUAGCACAGUCACAAAAAGCCAGUAUGUACUGUAUGGGAGAAUAGUCUAUCAGUUUUCUUGCUAUUUAAGCAUUCAGAUACCAAUGGCUUGCAAAAGUAAAAGAAUAAUGUAAUGUCUAUUUUAUUCUCAGGUCAACAGCUCACAGAUGUUUUUUCUGUUACAGAAAUCCAUGUUUUACACCUUUUGUUUCCAACAGGAGAUGAUCUUUUUUUUCUUUUUUCUUUUAGAACUUAAUUUGAUAACAGAAA